UUAGAGACGGCAGGCAGAACAAAUAUAGCACAGCAGGCAGAUGGUUACAGAACAAGGCCUUCCCGUGGCAGCCUGCCAACAGAGAGCAGAGAUUGACACAGCGCUCUGCUUCCGUUCUCCUAAACUCUCCUUGGGGAAUGCUUGGAGAGCGCCUCUUGCCGCCACAGCGCUGGUUUUGCCCCCCAGCUCAAUGUUGGCCCUCUGUAAGGUCACAGACUCCUUGUUUAUUAGCAAUUCUAGGUCAGCCUGCAAUGAGAACCUGCUUGCGCAAGAGAAAAUUUCACUCUGUAUCAAUGUCUCCCGGCAGCAGCCAUUUCCAAGCUCCCAGAAAAUCCAAACGCUGAGGGUCCCUGUCUUUGAUGAUCCUUCCGAGGACCUGCAUAGAUAUUUUGAGAGCUGCAGUGAUGCCAUAGAGGGGACAGUCCAGAGCGGCGGGAAGUGUUUAGUAUACUGUAAAAACGGUCGCAGCCGAUCUGCAGCCCUCUGCAUUGCCUACUUGAUGAGGUACCAAAACCUCAGCCUGAAGGAUGCUUUUGAGAUUGUCAAGAUGGCCAGGCCAGUAAUAGAUCCCAAUCCAGGAUUUUGGUCUCAGCUACAGAAAUAUGAAGAACAUUUGAAAAGGAAGCAUCUGGAGGAUCCUUCUCAAAAAGGAACUUCGCAAUAAACUUGGGUUCAGAAUCUAGUUUGGAGAUGCUCUUCCAAAGAUCUGGAUGCCUUGGAAAGGCUGUCACGAGUUAGUAGGCUUUAUCAUGACGUGCUUAGAUGCCCCAGGAAGUAUUUAUGUGGCUACCAUAGUCCUACAGGUUCCCUGAAGUUUCUGUCCUUGGAAAGAGAGUCAUUUUAUGCUGCAAAUAACAUAUUGCAGAUACAGAAUGAACCACCAUGUUUUCUUGAACAUGAUGAAAACAGUCUGAGGGGAUACCAAGGCCAGUCUUUGAAGACUGAGGUACAAAGUCAGGAAUGUAAUUUACUGUACUAAUUCAGGGAAGACUGGGAGGAAAAACUGUUUAAAAUAGGUCUUUAAAUUGAUACUAUGACAUGUUCUUAAAUCGUCAAGAAUUAUGUGUUUCAAGGGCAUGCAGACAUUAAUGUGACAUUAAACUAGAAGUAAAUAAACAUAUCUGCUUUUCUUCAAAUCAUGCCUUAUAAUAGCAGAUUCAAAAUAUCUGAUCAAUAAAGGACUGGCAUGC